AUGAUUGGUCGGCAGUGUAACCAGGUGGAGCCUGGGUAUUUCUUCAUGGCCCUGGACCACUACAUCUAUGAGGCUGAAAAGUCCAAAUUUGGUCAAGGUUCCACUUUUGAAGAGAGAGAGUACCAGCCAAACCGACCAACCUCAUGGACUGGCACUGGGUUUGCACGAGUCCCUGAAGGUGGUACUCUGGAAUUCGCCAUUAACAACAUUCCCUAUUCUAUGGAGUAUGAUGUCCUUAUUCGCUAUGAGCUUCAGAUGCCACGGGAUUGGGAGAAAGCGCGUGUAUUGGUGAUUAGGCCUGGCCCCAUACCCACCAGCAGUCCAUGUGGAAACGCCAUUCCUGCAGAUGACCAGCUAACCGUAACACUCCCUACAGGUGCCAGGUUUGUUGUCCUCCCUCACACUGUGUGUUUGGAGAAGGGAGUGAGUUACAAACUGCGUGUGGAGUUUAUCCGUUACGCUGACAGAAACAUUAUCCUCAGCUCCUCUAAUGCCUUUGUACUGGUUGACUCUAUCGCCCUUCUUCCUCGCUACUCUUCUCUUGAGAUGUUUACCGCGGGUGACCCCGCCUCUGUCACGCGGAAGCAAAACUAUGAACGGUACCGUUGCCACGAGACCGCCAAGAGUGUGUCCCGUCCCCAGAUGAGCGAAGCGUGUGCUAAACUCAUCACCAGCAUGUCAGCGCUCAUUAAUGACGGUGCACUGCCGUGUGAGUGUGAUUCUCAAGGUUCGCUCAGCUCUGAGUGUGAUGUACGUGGAGGUCAGUGUCGCUGUAAGCCCAAUGUAUCAGGUCGGCGGUGUGAUAAAUGUGCGCCAGGGGCUUAUGGGUUUGGACCCUCUGGAUGCAAACUUUGUGAAUGUAGUUUGGAGGGAUCUCAGAGCCGUUUCUGUGACCAGCGCACAGGACAGUGUCCAUGUCAGCCUGGUGCCUUUGGCCAGCGUUGUGAUGGUUGCCAGGGUGGGCACUGGGGCUUUCCAAACUGCAGGCUGUGUCAGUGUAAUGGUCAAACAGAAGAGUGCCAUCAGAGAACUGGAGCCUGCCUCAACUGCAGAGGCAACACGGCAGGAGACAAGUGUGAACGGUGCGCUAAUGGUUACCAUGGAAACCCACUCAUCAGUUUAGGGAGUCUGUGUCGACCCUGUCCCUGUCCUGAGGGCCCCAGUAGCGGACGCCACUUUGCCGCCACCUGUUACCAAGAUAACCGCAACCAACAGGUGGUCUGCAACUGCAAUCAGGGUUACACAGGUUCCCGCUGUGAAGAAUGUGCUUCUGGUUACUACGGUAACCCCUCCCAACCCGGCGGGCGGUGCCAAUCUUGUCGUUGCAGUAACAACAUCGACCUAUCAGACCGCGGUGCGUGUGACAGACGCACUGGCCAGUGUCUCAAAUGCCUGUACAACACUGAAGGACCAGACUGCGGCGUGUGCAAGAGUGGAUACUACGGUGAUGCUUCCCGUCGUAACUGUCGGAAAUGCACCUGCAACUUCUUGGGCACGGAGCGCAGUCAGUGUCAAUCCCGAGAUGAAUGUGUGUGUCAGCGCACCACAGGGCAAUGUCAGUGUCUGCCUCACAUUAUUGGACAAACCUGUGACCACUGUGUCCCGAACUAUUGGAACCUAGCCAGUGGGCGGGGCUGUGAGCCCUGUGGGUGUGACCCCAACAAUGCUUACACAUCUGCCUGCAAUGAGUUCACAGGCCAGUGCCAAUGCAGACCAGGUUUUGGAGGAAAGACAUGUACAGACUGCCAGGAAAACCACUGGGGAAACCCAAAAGUCCUGUGCAGAGCGUGUGACUGUGAUCCGCGUGGCAUCGAGACGUCUCAGUGCGAUCGCGUGAGCGGUCAUUGUGGGUGCCGGCAGGGCGUGUCUGGCGUCCGCUGCGAUCAGUGUGCACGUGGCUUCUCGGGCACUUUCCCAGAUUGCAAGCCUUGCCACCAGUGCUUCGGGGACUGGGACCGCAUCGUUCAGGAUCUGGCAACCAGAACCAAAGCUCUCACAGACCGAGCGAAGGAACUGCAGACAACCGGCUUGACUCGAGCCUUUGAGAGAAAAUUUAAUGAUUUGGAGGGAAAGCUAGCACAGGCGAGAGAGAUUGUAAAUGCCCGAAAUGCCACAGCUGAGGCCGUGACCAUUCUAAUGGGCAUGAUAGAGGAACUCAGAGGUCAAAUUGGUGAGACCACAGAGACACUGAACCAGCUGGAGGGAGACCUGACCGCUGUGCAAGAUAGUAACUAUGAAGCCAGCAAUGCGUUAAGUACACUGGAGAGAGAGGCGAAAGAGCUCAACCUGAACUCAGAUCAGCUGAACCGUCAGCUGGAAAUCCUUAAGAAUUCCAACUUCUUGGGUGCAUAUGACAGCAUUCGAACCUCCUACAACACAUCUCGGGAUGCAGAAAACCGCGCCAACAAAUCCGCCACUGACAUCCCCAGCACAGUGAGCCAAUCAGCAGACACCCGCAAGAAAACAGAGCGACUGAUGUCAGAAAAAAGAGACGACUUUAACCGCAAGAACGCUGCAAACAAACGCACACUCACAGACUUAAAUGCGAAAGCUCAGCUUCUGGACAUGAAGAAAAUCAAUGAAAAGGUGGCAGAUGCUAAGACCAAAGCUCAGGAAGCUAAAAACAAAGCUCAGGCAGCACUAGAAAAAGCUAGUGAUGCCAAGAAAAAGGUGGAUCAUUCAAACAACGACCUGCGGGACCUCAUCAAACAGAUUCGUGAAUUUCUCAUGCUGGAGGGGGCGGAUCCCGACAGCAUUGAGGCAGUGGCCAAUCGAGUUCUGGAGCUGUCUAUUCCUGCCUCACCCAAGCAGAUCCGACACCUUGCGGACGAGAUUAAAGACCGGGUCAAGAGUCUGUCCAAUGUGGAUGCCAUUCUAGAGCAGACUCAGAAUGACGUCCGUAAAGCAGAACAGCUGCUGCUAGAUGCCAAGAAAGCCAGGAAUAAGGCAGAGGGGGUGAAAGACACAACAGUGAGUGUAAAACAAGCACUGAAUGAUGCCGGCAAAGCCCAGGCGGCUGCCGAGAAGGCCAUUGAAAAAGCUCGGAAUGACAUUGGCUUAACCCAGAACCGGCUUGCACAGAUCCAAUCAGAGACCACAGCUCAGGAGAGAGAUCUUGACAAUGCUAUGGACAGGCUAGGAGAUCUUGGGCGCCAGAUUGAGGCCUUAAAAACCAAACGUGCCAACAACAGCCUGGAUGCGGCACGGGCAGAGGAAACAGCCACCAUGGCACGAGACAAGGCCAAUGAAGCUAAAGAGAUUCUGGAUGGCGAGCUAUCCGAUAAGUAUCGUACUGUUCAGGGCCUAAUGGACAAUAAAGUAAAGACAAUGCAGGAAGCCAAGCAGAAAGCUGAGCGUCUGCGAGAUGAAGCCAAGGAGUUGCUAAAGGACGCACAUGAUAAACUCCAGAGACUGGAAGAGCUAGAGAAAGACUAUGACGAAAACCAACAGGUAUUGGAGGGCAAAGCCAAGCAGCUGGAUGGCCUGGAAGAUAAAAUGAAGGCAAUCCUUAGUGCCAUCAAUAAGAAAAUUCAGAUCUACAACACCUCUGGUCUUCGUCUUGGUAAUGACAGCGAAAUGUCAGCACAGGAACAGCAACCGAGUACUCUCACUUCAAACGCCGCCAAGAUAGCUGGACCGGGCAGGAAACGUCACAAUUCAGAUCCAGACCCCUGUGGAAGCAGCUCCGGAAGUGGGAGCGAGGUGGGUGACGGCCGACCGGUUAGUGGCAAGUGGCUGAAGAUGGCCAGCAGCAGUACAGGACCCAGCUAA